CAGCUGCAGAGCUAAAACGGAAUAAAAUGUCAACCACCCAGGAGAAAGUGAUCAUGCUAGAGACUGAAAGAAGAGACAGUGAAAAGGCAGAAUAAGAGACAAUCUUCACAGAUCCUGCCUGGUACUGCUGGGUUAACUGAUCUUCAUAGCUCUUUGAUACCUGCAACCUGAAAACAGAACCAGUCAAUAAUCUUACUACAGAAAAUGAAGCUAUUCUGAGAGGUUGCCAGAAAUGCACGCUCAGCGAAGAUUCUGGUGGAGGGAUAGAGAACGGAGCUAACCUGAAAGGAAGCUUUGCGGUCUCCAACUGCCUUGUUACCUGCUCUGAUCAGAUGAUGGAGAGCUCAGGAGGGCCGUAUCUGAACACAGCAGCAGUGGCAUCCCCGGUGGGAGUAGCCCGUUUGCUGCAGGUGGCAUUUGGAUGUACUACAUUCAGCCUGGUGGCCCAUCAGGGGGGAUUCAGUGCAGCCUAUGGCACCUUCUGCAUGUUCGUCUGGUGUUUCUGUUUUGCUGUCACCAUCUUUAUAAUAACCUGUGAGUUCACUCGUCUCCACAGCUGCCUGAGCAUCUCCUGGGGAAAUUUCACAGCUGCCUUUGCCAUGCUGGCCACACUCAUGUCCAUCACUGCGGCUGUGAUCUACCCGCUCUAUUUUGCCCAGUUUGGCUGUUAUUCCAUCAGUUGCAAGGUGAGAGAUUUCCGCAUAGCAGCCAGUGUCUUUGCAGGGCUCCUGUUCAUUGCUUAUGCUGUGGAGGUGUUUCUAACCAGAGCCAAGCCAGGACAGGUGACCAGCUACAUGGCCACAGUAUCUGGUCUCUUGAAAAUUGUCCAGGCCUUCGUGGCCUGCAUCAUAUUUGGGGCACUGGUAAAUGACAGUCAGUACAGCAAUUAUGUGGCUACACAAUGGUGUGUGGCUGUCUAUAGCUUCUGCUUUGUGGUGACAGUGGUGGUAGUGGCCUUCAAUGUCACAGGAAGGACAGCAAUGCUGUGGUGCCCCUUUGAGCGCUUCGUGGUCAUUUACACAUUCAUGGCCAUCCUCAUGUAUGUGAGUGCAGCAGUGAUCUGGCCGGUGUUCUGCUUUGAUAGUAAGUAUGGGUCCCCACGGCGCCCCUACCAGUGCUCUCAGGGCAAAUGCCCCUGGGACAGCCAACUGGUGAUUGCUAUAUUUACUUAUGUGAACCUGGUGCUUUACAUUGUGGACUUGGCAUACUCCCAACGCAUCCGCUUUGUCUCACAUCCUUAAAUUCCAAUGCUGCCCCUGCAAAGCCAUAGGGCUCAAGCAACAACAGAGUUGGGAAUCAGUUGGAGACAGGGGUCAUAAAAAGUAGCUGCUGAGCCAGACACACCAAUAAAUGAAACAAACUUCAAGGUUAAUACUAGACUAGUAAAUGAACAAUCUGUAAUGGGUGGGCAGCAGAUGAGUCGGGAAAGAAGACAACAACCUUUCUUACCCCUCAACAUUUGCUUCAUCCCUUCUGUAUAAGGGAAAGGAAUAGCACAGCAAACUGGAUAGUAUCCUUGCAUCUCCACCAAACAUGAACAUCUGCUGCAAGAGUGGCUCUGUAUGCCACUGGAUUAUCAGGCCAAAUAUUAAGCAGGGAUCAGUGAGGUCUUGGGACUGCUACCAACACUGAACUCUAACCUAGAAGUGACUGUAUCCAGGGAAGACUGAGGAGUUCAGAGA